CCAACACCACCUUGCACACCGACCCACGUUCGUUACUCUCCCUCGUUUCUUCUUCUGCUCUGUUUAAGAGCCUUCCCCAACCGGCCGACUAUCCGCUCGAAUAUAAUUUCUCUGCCGCCGCCAUGCUCCUACACACCUCGUGGGGCGCCUUGCCCGCCCUGCUAAUCCUCGCCCUCUCUCGCUUCUCAAAUGCCGCCUGCGAGUGCGGAUACUCGGUCAACUCGACCAGCGACUCUUCUUAUGCAGUCUUCACCGAGCUGCUGGAAAACGACUUUCUCCACACAAAGACGGACGAUUUCUCCACGGUGGGAUGGAGACCGCAGCAGUACAACAUGACCGCCCAGGCCGCCAGAGGCCCCUUUGGCAAGGCCAUGGAAGUCGCCAAUGUUGUCUCCAACCCUCUCAAAGACGACAACGCAUGGGCGGGUGAUGCCGAGCACGGCGGAGAUGCCGGACUCGAGCUCUGGGUUCGCGGCAACCACGCAGACGGCUACGUGAGCAGUGCCGAGAUUGUCAGCAUGCGCAACGACUCGCUACUCGGAACUUUUCGUGUGGGCAUGAAGUUGUCCAACUCGUCUGGAACUUGCGGCGCAUUCUUCUUUUACCACAACAACUCGCAAGAAAUCGACAUGGAAUUCCUCUCGCAUCAGUUCAAUGCAUCUCAAGGCGCUGUAAACCUGGUUCUCCAAAGCCCUCAAUCCGUCUCCAACGGUUUCGCUGCCCAGGGAACAAACGGCUUCGUAGUCAAGCACCUUCCAUUCCGCCCAGACGAACAGUUUCACGAGUACCGCUUUGACUGGACCGCUGGCAGUGUCGAGUUUUUUGUUGAUGGCCAACUCCUCGACCGAAUGACCGACAAUGUUCCCCAGGAAGGCGGCAGCAUCUUUUUCAACCACUGGAGCAAUGGCGACCCCUCAUGGUCUGCUGGACCACCCGACCGAGACACUGUCAUGACAAUCUCCUACCAAAAGGCCUACUUCAACUCUACUGAUACCCAGCGAUCGCAAACCGACUACAAGAAGCGCUGUCCUACAUUCGACCCGGCCAAGGUCUGUGCCAUUCCCAACCAAAUGACCGCACCGGACCCAAGUCAAGGCGCCGACGCGGCCAAGACGUACUUCUUCUCGACAGACCCCAAGGGCGACAUGACACCUGACCAAACAACAUACAAGAACGCAGCGACCAGCAUAUUCGGCGCUCCUCUAUUAUCAGUCGUCAUUCCAUCAAUCAUCUCCCUCCUUAGCUUAGCCAUGGCAUGGUAGUCGCCCGAGACCCGUUAUAAACUUUGCAACCAAAAAAAAAGUCCGCUUUUCUCGCUUUUCUUUCCAUCCAUCGCAAAGACAGUCGUUUUGUCCCGCGAGCUUGUCAUGGACUCGGGACUCGGUUUAUGAGUAUACGAUCACCUUCCCCAGACAUUUACGGCGUUUUAUCAUAAUUCCGGCUAUUCCAGCUUGAGGCACAUACAUCUUUAACUCAGUCGCGACGAUACGCAAAUUCCGAUUGCUCUAUUUACUUUACUCCUUCUCCAACAUAUUUACAGCUUGGCACGGCCUUGGAUGUGCUUCUUUGCACGCUU